UCCUCUUCCUCUUCCUCCUCCUUUCUUUUAAAUAGCCUCAGUCUAGUGAUCUCUACCUAUGGGACUGUAUGAGUCACUAAUUCUCAGACAAAAAUGUUCUAAUUUUUUUGCAUCAUGGACCCCUCUGGCAACCUGGUGCAGUCCAUGAACACCUUCUCAGAUUCAUGUUUUUAAAUGCAUAAAAAUCAAAUACAAGGGAUUGCAAAGGAAAUCUAUUUCUACUGAAACACAGUUAUUAGAGGAUUUUUUAAAAACCCAAUUCCAUGAGCUCCAAAUUAAGAACCUCAGUUCCCAGGGCACUUUGAGCUCUGAUGUCCACUAGCCAGUGAUACUCAAUAAUUUAAUUAUUGGUAAUGAAUCCCAGAGAACAUCUUCCUUCCAAAUGGGACUUUCAUCACCUUAAUUGACCGGGGCGGGGGUGGGACUAAUGGUGGAAUAUGAGGCCUUCCUUUGAUACCAACAUGGGCAAGCACCUGUGCUUCCUCUCAGAGAGUUGGCCCUUCUCAUAGGCCCUUGGCCAAAUGACGGGGCUGAGUCCCUUAGAGCUGGGGAACGUUUUAGGGCUUUUCUGCCACCAGGUGGCAGGACUGGACCAAAAUACGAGGUCUGCCUCUUGGCUUGGUCAAUGGUAAGACUCUAGGGGCCUUGAAGCAGCCCCUGCUUGUCACUGCCCAUUGGGUCCUUAGAAAUGGUUUACUCUAACCAUUGGGUCCACUCCCCUUUUUAGAUAAAUGGAGGCACGGGGAAGGAAAUUGUUUGGCCGAGGCCACCCAGAAGGUUAACUGGGGUCUAAGUCUUGGCCUGUCUAUUCCCUAUUACCAACCCCCCUCAACCCCCUGAGAAUGAGGGAAGGCUUUUUCUGGGCUCCAUUCCCAGGGUGGGAGGUACUCCUGGCUCCUGCCUUCCCCUAGCCCCUGUUUCUCAAGUCAGAAGACCAAGUGUGGGAAGCUGAGGUUCAGAGUGAGUGGUAGGGAAUCCAGGGCAGGGUUGAUGGAGGGUCAUCCUUUGAAGGUCACUGUUGGCAGAUUGAGGAACACUGAGUAGCCCAGGGCUCAGGGCCAGCUGGGGCCUCAGAGUAGCUCAGGUGGGAGCGUUCCCUCCCCCAGCAUCUAUCUGCCUCUGGCUUUGACUCCCAUCAGCUGAUCCAGGCGGGCUGAGCAGGCGGUGGCGUCUCCACCCCCCUACCCCCCUCUUGGCAGCCCCUGUUACAGGGCUGCAGCCCGAGCUAGAGCAGCCACUGUCUAGAGCUAGAGCCGGCACUGUCUACCGAGUCCUUUCAGUUUCUGCAGGCAGAAGUUGCUCUUAGCCUGGCCCCAUCCCAGUCCCCAGGGGGAAGCCUGAUGGCGGACUCUAUGCUCAAUCACUCCUGGCCCUCUUUCUCAAAGCUGUGGAUGAAGAGAUGGACCUUCAAGAGAGGCUCUGAGUGCAAGGCCUGUGACCCACCCUCAGAUGGCAGCCCCCAUUCCCUCCCAGGGUCCCUAAAAGCUGACAGCCAUGUUCUCUUCUCUGCCAUGGCUGGGGAACAGGAGGCUGGCUCUGGGCUGGAGCUGGAAGAUACCCACAGCAGCACCGAGGACCUCCUCUUGAUAGACGCGGCUCUCCAGGGCACAGAAUACUACAGGGACUUGGGCUAUGUUCCACCUAUGGAGACGACAUCAUGGUUCUCUCCGACCUCCUGGUCACAGGAGAAGCUUUCAGGGGAACUUGUAGGCCCACAAUGCCAGGAACCUGGCUAUUUUCUCCAGAGCCCCGAUGGCCUCGCUGACAGAGCCACUGAGCCCUUCCCUGUGCUGGCCCAUUCAAUGACUACUCGGAGACACAGCUGGGAGAGGCCUCUGCCUCCCUUAGACACCAAAAGAAGACUCAGCCUUGACAUCUCUGACAUGGGUAGUGAUGAAGGGCAGAGCUUGCCCAGAACAUUUGCCAGCCACUCUUUGAAUCUGUCUGGAGGGGGCCUGCAGGCCUGGGCAGAGAGGACAGGUCACCGGACAACCUUCAGGGGGAGAGCCUCCCCUGAGCUACCCUACAUAGCUGUGGAAGAGGCAAGAAAUGAUCCAAUGAGACAGCAGGAAUUUAACAACUCUUGGAAGAGGCUGAGGUCAAGAUCUGUUCCUCAAACUGGUGAUAUGCUUUCUCCCUCAAGAAUCUCUCAGAACCUGCAGAUUUCCAUCCCAGAUGCCCAAGGUAUUGAACCCCCUACGCUGGAAAGAGCAGAAAAAGAUCACGUAUCCCCAGAUCACGUCUUGAUUGUCCAGCAAGUCCUUCAGGAGCUCAAGCAGUAUCAUGGGGCGAAGCAAAGGGCUCACUUAGGGGAUGGCCCCAGGGAUUCCCAGCAGAACAUAACUUGGUUUGAGUUCCUGUCUAAUGAGAAGGAAGAUGAUGGGAAGAAUGAAAAAAGUGAAAAGGGAACCAAAGUGAAACGAACGCUGAGCUCCCUGAGAAAUCGAGUGACUGGCUCCUGGCAGAAGGAUAAGGGUAAGAACAAAGAACAACAGAAAGGGAUAGAGCCAAGGGAAAAAAGGAAAAGCAUAAAUGAUGACGAGUUAGUGCCAGGGACUUUAUCCAGCUGCAUCAACUGCUCCCUGUGUGGCAAACCCCUGCUCAGGUGGAAUGGGCUGCAGUGCUUAAAAAGAUUUCCAGCAUAAACCUCAAGGAUCUCCACAGAAUUCAGCACAAAAUUCAGUCCAGAGUCUUUAUCAAGCAUCCUCUUUGAAGGAGCAGCCUCGCAGCACCCUCUUGGGAUCUAAUGGCACCCCAGUUCUACCCAGGAAUGUAGGGAUGACUAUCUCCACCAAGGCAAGUCUUCAGGCAGCAUUAAACACGGCUGGAACUCUGA